AUGGUCGGGCAAGCAUCCACGGCCAUUCCUCCAAACAGUCCAGUUCCAGUUGGGGAGCAAAAAGCCCAGGUUAACGCGGCGACCCCAGAUCAGGUCAAUGGCGCCCACCCACAUCUCGCAAGGGCUGCUGCUCAAGCCGCCAUGAAGAUCCAGCAGAAGUACGACGAAGAGCGGCAGAAGCGAACACGGCCAGACGGCGAUGCCCAGUAUGUUGAUCUUGCACUAUCGGAACAGUUCAAGCAUUAUCGAGAGGACCCCUGGCUCAACGAGCGGUCGGAGACCGUGACCAUCCGCAACGGCGAACACGUCAAGUAUCUCAUCCUGGGAGCGGGCUGCGGUGGUCUUCUGUUCGCCAUCAAGCUCAUCAAAGCCGGCAUUACGGCGUCUGAGAUCCGUAUGGUCGACGCGGCGGGAGGCGUCGGAGGCACGUGGUAUUACAACCGGUAUCCAGGACUGAUGUGCGACAUCGAGUCAUACUGCUAUCUCCCUCUCCUCGAGGAGAUGGAAUACAUCCCGAAACAUAAGUACGCCUAUGGCUACGAAAUCAGGGAGUACUUGAACGCCGUCGCUGACAGAUAUGGACUCUCGGACACGGCAAUGUUCCGAACAAACAUCAACGCCCUCGUCUGGGACGAACCCAGCUGCCAGUGGAAAGUCAACAUGGCCAAGGAACGCAACUCAGGUCCUCCUCUCGAGAUCGAAGUUACUGCCCAGUUCGUCAUUGCGGCGUCUGGCCUUCUUUUGCAUCCGAAACUUCCUGCCGUUUCUGGAAUCGAGAACUUCAAGGGCGCCUCAUUCCACACGUCGCGCUGGAACUACUCUAUCACUGGCGGCUCUGAAGAUGAUCCCGCCCUUGACGGGCUCUCCGGCAAACGUGUCGGCAUAAUCGGUACAGGUGCUACGGCGAUUCAAGCCAUUCCGCACCUUGCCAAACACGCCGGACAUCUCGUCAUCUUUCAACGGACUCCUUCCUCUGUUGACACACGCGGCCAGCGCCCUACUGACAAGGACACGUGGACUUCCGUUGCCUCUCAUCCUGGCUGGUGGAAAGAGCGGAAUCUCAAUUUGGCCGCCCACCUUUCCGGCGCAACUCGACCUGCCGACAUCAACCUCGUCAACGAUCAGUGGAGCCGCUGCCGCUCAUACCGUGGCCUGGUCGGCGGGCCUGAUCCGCCGUAUUCGGUGGAGGAGAUCCCAGCUUUUGUGGCUUCUCUGCACGCUCUGGACAUGCCACGUGCCGAGAGGCUCCGCCAGCGAGUUGAUGAGAUUGUAGAGGACAAAAAGACUGCCCAGGCCCUCAAGCACUGGUACAGCAGUUGGUGCAAGCGACCAACAUUCCAUGACGACUAUUUACCGUGCUUCAAUCUCCCGAACGUCGAGCUCGCCAACACAGAUGGAAAGGGUGUGGAUCGUCUGACGGCCACUGGAGCCGUCGUGGGUGACAAGGAGUACCCGUUGGACAUUCUGAUCUUCAGCACGGGCUUCCGCGCCCCUGGAAUCGGCAGCCCUGCUUUCCGCGCCGGCAUGAAAAUCACCGGCAAGAACGGCAAAGACAUGGACGCAAAGUGGCAGGAGGCCGUGGCCACGCUGCAUGGAUCGAUGACACACGAUUUCCCCAACUUCUUCAUGCCUGGCCCCUUCCAAGCCGGUGCAACAGGCAACCAGAAUUUCACGCACGACAUCAUGAGCAAUCACGUCGCUCAGAUCAUCGCCCAGGCUCAGGCAAAGUAUCCGGGCCAGAGGGUGGUGAUCGAGCCGACGGUAGAAGCGGAAGAGAUGUGGACCGGAGAGAUUCUCAAGAGAAGCACGUCAUUCGCGGGCAUGGCGGGCUGUACGCCGGGUUAUUUGAACGGGGAAGGGAUCAUGGACGCCAUGCCGAUGGAGGUGAAGAUGAAAGCUGCCAGGAUGGGCAUCUGGGGCGAAGGCAUCGAGAGUUUCAUGAACACGCUUGAGGCUUGGGAGAAGGAUGGUAAGCUGCAAGGGUUGGAGGUGAAGCCAGUCAAAUAA